AUGCAAGACGAUGAGCAGUGCUCAGGCAGCCUGGGGAACCUCCAGGCUGUUCUGGCGGGGCGAGUUCCGAGAGAGGAGAUCGCCUAUGUGACCUGUACCUACCGGUCAAUGUGCAUCGACCAGCCUGACUUCCUGGCCACCAUUGAUCUCGACCCCAGAUCUCCAUGUUAUGGCCAGGUGAUCCACCGCCUGCCCAUGCCCAACCUCAAAGACGAGCUGCAUUCCUCGGGCUGGAGCGCUGGCUGUACCUGCUUUGACAAUAUCACAGUGAAAAGGAGCAAGCUGAUUCUUCCCUGUUUGAUUUCUUCCCGCAUUUACGUGGUGGAUGUGGUUUCACAGUGCCGGGCUCCCAGGCUGUGUAAGAUGAUUGAGCCCGUGGAAGUCUUCUGGAAGUGCAACAAGGGAUACCUCGGUGUGGUUCACAGCCUGCCUAAUGGUGACAUACUGAUUUCCAACAUGGGAGACCCAGCUGGCAAUGGAAAAGGUGGCUUUAUUGUGCUGGAUGGAGAGACCUUUGAGCUGAAGGGGAACUGGGAAAACGUGUGUGAGGUCCCCCCCACGGGGUACGACUUCUGGUACCAGCCAUGCCACAACGUUCUGGUCAGCUCUGCCGGCUUAGUCCCAAAAUGUGCGGGGUAUGGAUUUGAUCCGGACGACUUUGGGAAAGGGAUCUUUGGGCGCCGACUGAAUGUGGGGACCUUGCCCUGCCACACUCUCAUCCAGUGCUUUGACCUGGGCGAGGACUCUCUGCCCCUCUGCGUUAAAUUCCUCCACGACCCCAAUGCUGCUGAGGGAUACGUCUGCUGUGCCCUGAGCGGCAUCGUCUACCGCUUCUACAAGUGCGAGAGUGGAAUAAUUCUGCCUUUGACUGGCAAUGUGAUCCACCGCCUGCCCGUGCCCAACCUGAAAGAUGAGCGUCACCACUUCGGGGUGGAAUGGAGGCAUCACGCGUUUUGUAGGUGUGUCAUCAAAGAAAAGGAACAAGCUGAGUCUUCUGAAUUUAAUUUUUUCCUCAUUUUGUGUGGUGGAUGUGAGGACAAACUUCCGGGCUCCCUGGCUGUGUACGCUAUGCCGAAGGUUGGUGGAUUUGGAAGGAACUUGGGCGGCUUUGCAUGCUCCCGAAAGCGGCUUCUCUCCUGGAGCCUGCUCACCUGA